UAUAUUUAUUUAGUUGCUUAAAAUUAAACUUAGUUGGCACUAUGAACUUGUUACUUUAACAGGUCAAUUACUCAAGGAAAUAAACACUACUUUAACAAUUCAAGAAGGACUAUUUGCAAUUGCGGUUACUUUAAAAGGCUUCACUCAUGCGAUCCUACUUGAGUACAAUCAUUGUACUUGUACAAACGUGUAGCGGACAACAAACCUUUGGACCUCAUGAGUAUGGAUUUAGCUCUCCCGAGCUGCUAGGAUUUAGGUCUCCCGAAAGUAUAUUGAGAUUUCCGGAACUUGGACCCAGGACUUUCGAUGCUGAAUUUAUUCCUCCCAAUCAUGAACUCAGGACUUAUGAUAUUGGAUUUAGGCCUUCCCACCACGGAUUACAUUCUUCCUAUCUGGGACCUUUGCCUCGUCACACUGGAUAUAAUACACCAUAUCAACCUCAUUUAGGAUCAGGUUACAAUGUCCAAAGAGAAUUUGGUGGCGGGAGAAUGGCAGAUUCGGUAUUUUUGGGCAGGACUCUUCCGUACGGCCAGAGGUAUGAUAUUGGUGGCCCAUUGUAUGAUUUAAGGCCUCAGCAGACUAAUACUGGUAAUACAUUAGACGGGGGACUGCAAGAAGCCAGACCUACCCGAGUCAGACAAGAUUCACGCCGAACAACACGAAGGCGGCGGCCAAGAACACAAGGAACUAGAAGACAAAGACCAGGUAGUCAGACGCGAGGUAGAGAGAGACCCGGUUCAAGAAGGCGGACUGUAAUCCGGCUUGGGGAAGUUGCUGCUCGAGGUGGAGAAAAUGGAUUUCCAUUCAUGGGUGGUUUUUGUCCUGGUGAGCCUUGCGGAGACGGAGGGAGGUCGGCUGGUUUAGAAAAUGGAAUUGGCAUCGGGAGUUUAGAAGAAUUUAAAAACCGAAGGCGAACAGGGAGAAAUAAGGAUUUGAGACUGUAUGAAAUGUUUAUUACUAGAAGACCUUCAGUGCAGCGAAACUGAUUUAAAGAUAAUGUGAUAAUGAAAUGUAAAUCGAUAAGUCGUCUAAAAUACAAGAUUGACUAUCACCAUUAAAAUGUCAAACUACCGUAGCAGUUACUGACUUUAAUAAGCCGGUGCUUGUGUCAUUUUGUACAGCGACCAAUGAGAACACUGACGUAGUUUUUGCGUAUUUUACCUUUAUGUGUGAGUGUCCCUUGAUGUAUCCGACUUUCAACGAAUUCCAUAUGUACUUUUUUACAGUUGUAUUAUGCUUACAAACUCUGAAAUAACCACCAAGAGUGCUCAGCUCAUUGGAGGUAUAGUUCUGGAAUUACACAUAAGUCCUAUGUGUCGUCAAUGAAAAAUAUUUCAUGAUGACACAUAGGACACCAUGAUUCUCAAAUCUCUUUAUGAAAGUUACAGUGAAUAUAUAUCUACAGGACAAAAAAAGAAGACGAGGCAAUUAAUAUUUCUUCAAUAAUUGAAAAACAUAAAGCGUCUGUCUAUGUUUAAAUUCAUUUAAGGUAUUGGGCCCAUAAUAGAGUACCUCCUUUUUGAAGAGUAUUCAAUUCCUACCAUAAACCUACAUUGACUGCAAUUUUCAGUGGGGCGUAGGUUCAAGCCCCACUGGGACUAAACAUUUUUUUUCCAUAUUUUCCUUUUUUUCUAGUAAGUUUUUUACUUCUUUCAAGGCUUAUUAUGGAUGUAUUGUACAAAAGUGGAAAAGUUUCAUUUUAUAAGCGAUGUUUUGCUGUUCAAAGUGAAUUUACCUCUGAAUCAGGAGGGGUAGCGUUAGACAUCUUUAAAAAUACUGAGUUAAUGUGGUAAAAGUUCUCUAUUUUGUCUUCAUUCUUUAGAUUACAUAUUGUGGAAGAAAUGCAGGUAGGUUUUACUUCUGCCCCAAGGUUAUUUUAGAAUGAAGUGAACAAAAUUCAAAACAGACCCACUAGAUUCGACCUAAAUUUUUCAAUGUUGGAGUUAGAAUUCUGACUCAUUAAAUCUGUUUACUUGAGGCACCCUAGAAAAAAUUAUAUUUACAGUUUUAUUUUGUGUUUUAUAAUUGUUUAACAAUAGUUUGAUGUUUCUUUUAUCAAAAUUAAUGCUGUAAUAAAUUCUCUGCAAACGUUAUAGAUAGUGACCAUCACAUUUAAAUUUGUCUCUACUUGAGCUUGAGGAAAUUCUAUAAAUUAUACAAAAUUUACACACAAAAAAAACACGGCACGGUAAAAGUUGUUUAAAAUUUGCAACACAGUGUGAAACAUGGUCAACUUUAAGAAUAUACCAAGCAAAUGCCAUUUUUUAAACAUUACUAUUAGGGGUCCAAUACCUUAACGCGUACAUGCUUCACAGUUAGACUACUACGAUUUAGCGCAGAAUAAAUCAUAAUGAUUAAUAUUUGUUCUGAUUCAUGAAUACUUAAAUUUUGUAAAAAUGUAAAAAGGUAUGUUUUUGCUUUUCGUUUUUGGUACAAGUAUACAAAUUUUAAGAAGAGAGUUUCAGAUAAGCUAAUAACUUCCUACUCAGUGCCUUUUUAAUAUAUGUACAUAUAGUAAAUAAAUUUUGAUUAAUAAAUAUUGUUUAAACCAAACUUUAAAUGCAAACCAAAGGUGACUAACACAUUUCGUUAAUAAAGAAACAUGCCUUAAAUGUACAUGAGUAAUAAAGCAGGAUUUUAUGCACUUAAAGGUU